AUGAAGUUGGCCUGGGCAACGGCGGUCCUUCUCCUGGGCUCCCAGGGUGUGACCUCUUUAUCUAUUCCAUUUACUUCUGAAUCCGAUCUCAUUGAGCGCGAUGCCGAUCCAGCACUAGUCGAUGCGCAAUUCGUCGACCUCGAAAAACGACGCGGUGGUGGAGGUGGCGGUGGACGGAGUGGAGGAGGCUCCAGUUCCGGUUCCAGUUCCAGCUCCAGUGGAAGCAGUGGAGGCAGCUCUGGUAGUUCUUCCAGCAGUUCUUCCAGUGGCUCUAGUCGGGGAGGGACCACCAGCAGUGGUAGUUCGAGCUCGUCCAGCAACCGAGGCGGCUCGUCCAGCGGAGGCUCUGGGGUUUCCCCAUCCUUCGGCGGCGGCAGGUAUGAUUACAGCAAUCCUUCUCACGGCACAAUCUAUGGCUCCUCUCGGAGUGGCAGUAGUGGUGGAUCUUUGUGGCCCUGGAUGUGGAAUUCAGGGUCCAGCAGGACCACCGGCGCGAAGUCCCCUAAAAGAAAGACCCCUAAAGCUAAGACAUUCGGCAACAACAGAUAUUAUGCAGGCGGCGCCCGAAGUCCCUAUACGGCCGGUUCCAGAUCAGCAUCGGGCAUCACGCCCUUCCUUUUGCCAGCCGCCGCGCUGGCAUUCUUCCCUGGCGUGUGGCUCUUAGGGGCAUACGCCUACCCUUAUGGCCACCCCUAUUACUAUCAAGACAAUACCAGCCACCGGAACCAGUCGCUGCCCGUGGUCUGCCUCUGUGAGGAGAACCAGGAGUGUGGCUGUGAUGAUAACAACAACAGCACCUACUACGAGUCUUUGUUCAACGGUACCCAGCCACAUAACACGUCCGUCGCCCGAGUGGUCAAUGUCAAUGGUACCGAGAAGAUCGUGAUCAACGGGACUUUGGCCAAUGGCACGACUGCCGACGACGGGACCACGAGUUCCUCCACCUCGGGGGCUGCCCCGGGUCCUCUGGUGACUCUGAUCAAUGCUAGCGGGUACUGGGUGAUGGUGGCCGUGGUUGCAGCGACCGUGUGGUCAUUCUAA